CUUCCGCUGACUAAAUGACUAACGCCUCGCAUUAAUGUUGACCUUCGUCCUCGGCGCCCGUGCUAACUUGGGAACUCGUGGAAGAUCUUCAUAUGCACGCCUUUUCAAUAGAUCGUUUCCUUUCACCGCGUUUGAUGCUCCCCGCCAUUUGCACUUAGCAUAGCGUCACAGAUCCUGAGGCCGCAAGUAUGCCUCACUCGCUUCCGGCCUUGACCUUUGUUCUCGCUUUGCAUUCUUUCGAGGUGGCAGCCAGCACGCCAGAAGUUAUGCUCGCACGCGGUGACAACGGGAAUGGAAACGGGUCAUCCAGCGCCACGACAUCGACAUCGACAUCGACUACGACCGACAUUUCUACUACUCACUCCAGUUCCACUUCUACUACUCACUCCAGUUCCACCUCUACUCACUCCAGUUCCACCUCCACUACUCAAUCCAGUUCCGCCUCCACUACUCAAUCCAGUUCCCCCUCUAUUACCCAGUCCAGUUCAAUUUCUAUAACUGCCAAUACAGUGACGCUCACCAGCUCAAGCUCAGGUUAUGCAAGGACCACUGGCACCAGUUCCUCGAGCUCAACCCAGAAUAACCAAUAUGGUUCGACUCUGACUUCAACUUCUAGUCAGGGCCUAAGCACUGCAGCGCGAACUGGUCUGGCAUUUGGGAUAAUGUUUUUCUUGAUAUUAUCCGCGAUGCUGUUUUGCUACCUGAAGAGACGAUCUCGUAGGGCUCGGGCGAAGGCAAGUGAGGGGCCUGCCCAUCUGUCGGCGGAAGUUAGUCAAUAUCGUCCCCCCAAUCCUGUUACGUCUCCAGAGAGAGAACUUCCACCUCCGCUGCGGGUUAAUCCUAAUCGCCGGAAUCCAUCCAAUAUCUCGCGCUCAACCCGCCAUUCAGCCAGGUCAAGCAUCGCUCCCUUGUUAAGCGACGAUUUCAGCCGAAAUUCUCACCCUGCGUCUACUUUGGACCACUACAGUACAUUGUCGCAUGCAACAGACACUCGGCCAGUAACUACGCAAGAUGUGCCUCCUCUCCCAAAUCCCCACGACACGUUCUCAGCACCCACCGGCUCUGCUUCGUAUGCAUCCAACAUGAUGACGACGGCCGCUUCCCCACCACAUUCAAAUGCUUAUAAUGCUUCAGUUCUCACGAGUACUGCAAUGACGGGCACCAUUGCUGCGCCGGUAGCUAGCUCCAGCAGUUCCCAGCCUGGACGCCGGCGCUCUGCGCUUCACACGGAUUUGGCUCGCCAUCAGAAGCAGCUCGAGCUCGAGCACAGGAAACGUCUUGAAACUCAGGAAGAACUGCAGGAACCUCCGCCAGAAUAUUCUUCUUGAGUACAUAUGCAUCACGGACUAUACUGCGAUCACUCAGCGCUUUGGACUAUUUGUAUCGCUUAAAAUUCCCUGACUCC